AUGACGUCAUUAUGUACUUCCGUCUGCUUUACACGGUCACCCUUAGCGAACUAGAUAUAGAGAUCCGGCAAAAUAGUGCCUUACUGUCUCAGUCUUUUAAGGUUUCAGAUCAUUCGUGAUAGAAAGGGACUGGUUGCACAGCACUGCUUUGGAUUUUGACACGUUUGCAGUUUGCAGGGAAAAGGAGCUAGAUUGCGUUGCAAAGGGCAGGGGGUGUCCUGAGCGGUGGCAUGUCAUUUUGUGACCGAUAAACUGUCACGAUCGUUCCGUUAUUUGUUUGAGCCUUUACCUGAAAAUGCACCCAGACUUGUCUCCCCAUCUGCACACAGAUGAGUGCAAUGAGCUGAUCGCACAGCUGAAACAAUGCCACAAGGAGCAUAACUUCCUCAGGUUUGUCGGCACUUGCAAUGAUUUUGACCGGGCUAUGCGUGCAUGCUUGAAGAAGGAGUACCAGGCUAAGAGGGAGCAGAACAAGGCUCACGCGGAGAGGAUGAGGAAGAGGAUUAGAGAGGGACCGAAGAAUCUGGAAAACUGAACUUUGCAAGACUGGAGCAGACACUUUGGCCUUUAAGAGUGACUCGUCGCUCUUCCUGCUGUCUCCAUAGAGUCUCCAUAGAGAUUUAAAAUGUUCCAUUUGUGCAGUGUCAUAUUAUUCUGAAUCACGGGGAAGAACAGAGCAGGCUGUGUCUAGCACUGUGGGCACUGAGAUUGGCCUGUUUGAAUGUUUGCCUUUCAGUGUGAGCUGUGCUUCACCGUUUGGUGUCUCUGAGAUUCCGUAUUGCCAUUUCCUGUACAGACCUGCACCAGGUAGUUAAAUUAAUUAGUAAUAAAAAUAAAAAAAUUCGACGUUUUUUUCCAUUUUCAUGA